UGAAAAUGCAGAUUUAGCAUCAAGCACAGACAUACACUCGCUCUUUCUCUCCGGUACACACAGCUCCCCACAUUGGCACCCCUGCCAGCAAGCCGGGCCGCCUGACUACAGAGCUUCCCCGCCAGCCAGAUGCUGGAGGAGAACCCACACUGAUUUGCUGCUUUCCAAGCCCCAAUUCAGUCUUUCUCCAUACAAAGAUUUUUUUAAACAACAACAACAACAAAAACUACACAUCUAUUUUUUAUUUGCACCUUCCUUUCGGGUCCCCUGCUCCACCAACCUGCGCUCCUUCUAACCCCACUUUUCACUCCCAAAAAAGGAUGAAGGGUGGUUGUGGCACCCAGUGGAAAGCAGCCGCUGGGCUCCUCUUCUGUGUCAUGGUUUUUGCAUCUGCCGAGAAACCAGUCUUCACGAAUCAUUUUCUUGUGGAGUUGCAAAAAGGGGGAGAGGAAGAAGCUCGCCAAGUUGCAGCAGAACACGGCUUCGGAGUCCGAAAGCUACCGUUUGCAGAAGGCCUGUACCACUUUUAUCACAAUGGUCUUGCAAAGGCCAAAAGAAGACGCAGCCUACAUCACAAGCAGCAGCUGGAGAGAGACCCCAGGGUAAAGAUGGCCUUGCAACAGGAAGGAUUUGACAGAAAAAAGCGAGGGUACAGAGAUAUCAACGAGAUCGACAUCAACAUGAAUGAUCCUCUUUUUACAAAGCAAUGGUAUCUGAUCAACACUGGGCAAGCUGAUGGAACUCCUGGGCUUGAUUUGAAUGUGGCAGAAGCCUGGGAGCUGGGCUACACAGGGAAAGGUGUGACCAUUGGAAUUAUGGAUGAUGGAAUUGACUAUCUCCACCCAGACCUGGCCUCCAACUAUAAUGCGGAAGCGAGUUAUGACUUCAGCAGCAACGACCCCUAUCCUUACCCUCGCUACACAGACGACUGGUUCAACAGCCAUGGAACCCGAUGUGCAGGAGAAGUCUCAGCAGCAGCCAACAACAAUAUCUGUGGGGUUGGUGUGGCAUACAACUCCAAGGUCGCAGGUAUCCGGAUGUUGGACCAGCCAUUUAUGACGGACAUCAUCGAGGCCUCCUCCAUCAGCCACAUGCCACAGCUGAUUGACAUCUACAGCGCCAGCUGGGGCCCCACAGACAACGGGAAGACGGUGGAUGGGCCCCGAGAACUCACGCUUCAGGCCAUGGCCGAUGGUGUGAACAAGGGCCGCGGGGGCAAAGGCAGCAUCUACGUGUGGGCCUCUGGGGACGGCGGCAGUUAUGAUGACUGCAACUGCGACGGCUACGCCUCGAGCAUGUGGACCAUCUCCAUCAACUCGGCCAUCAACGAUGGCAGGACGGCCCUGUACGACGAGAGCUGCUCCUCCACCUUGGCAUCCACCUUCAGCAACGGGAGGAAGAGGAACCCCGAGGCCGGUGUGGCCACCACAGAUUUGUAUGGCAACUGCACACUGAGGCAUUCUGGAACAUCUGCGGCUGCUCCUGAAGCAGCUGGUGUGUUCGCCCUGGCUUUAGAGGCUAACCUGGGUCUGACCUGGCGAGACAUGCAGCAUCUGACUGUGCUCACCUCCAAACGGAACCAGCUUCACGAUGAGGUCCAUCAAUGGCGGCGAAAUGGGGUUGGCCUGGAGUUUAAUCACCUCUUUGGUUAUGGGGUCCUUGAUGCAGGCGCCAUGGUGAAAAUGGCCAAAGACUGGAAAACCGUGCCUGAGAGAUUCCACUGUGUGGGAGGCUCCGUGCAGGACCCUGAGAAAAUACCAUCCACUGGCAAGCUGGUGCUGACCCUCACAACUGAUGCAUGUGAAGGGAAGGAGAAUUUCGUCCGCUACCUCGAGCAUGUCCAGGCUGUCAUCACAGUCAAUGCAACCAGAAGAGGAGACCUGAACAUUAACAUGACUUCCCCUAUGGGCACCAAGUCCAUUUUGCUAAGCAGACGUCCGAGGGAUGAUGACUCCAAGGUGGGCUUUGACAAGUGGCCUUUCAUGACCACCCACACUUGGGGGGAAGAUGCUCGAGGAACCUGGACCCUGGAGCUGGGGUUUGUGGGCAGCGCACCCCAGAAGGGGGUGCUAAAGGAGUGGACUCUCAUGCUGCAUGGCACACAGAGUGCCCCAUACAUCGACCAGGUGGUGAGGGAUUACCAGUCCAAGCUGGCCAUGUCCAAAAAGCAAGAGCUGGAGGAAGAGCUGGAUGAAGCUGUGGAGAGAAGUCUGAAAAGCAUCCUGAAUAAAAACUAGUGCUGCACUGCUGCCUCCACCACUUCCCUCCCUCCCCAGUCUCUGCCUCCAUCCUUGCUCCACAUUUCUGGCAGGCACCUAGCAAUUACUGUCACCCCACACAAGCAAUUCCAUCUUCUUGAACUGCAGCUUUGCUCACUAUCAAUGAUUAUUUUCAUUACAAUGGAAGCAACCUUUUUUUUUCUAUGCCCCAAAUAUAAUGUUCCCACCAACAUCUAUGUCCUAUGUGUUACUCUACCUUCUUUAUUUCUGUCAUUCAAAUUGGUGAUAUCCUGCGAACAAAACUGGCACAGCUUUCCCCUGAAUUUUUUUUUCAAUAUCUGAGAAAAGAAAAGAAUGCAUGUAAAAAAAAAAAAAAAAAAAAAAAAAAAAAACUACACAUAGCAACUCCAAGAACGUCU